AUGUCGAACCAUUCCAUCAUCCGCAUCACGAAGGAGUUGGCGGAUCUCCAAAAGUGUUCAGACCUCUCUCUCGCCGUUGCAUGCCGUGAUGUCGACGUGCGCAAUGUUAAAGCAAUCAUUAUCGGCCCUCCUGAUACACCAUACGAGUUUGGAUUCUUCGAGGUUCGUGAGACCAGAUGGUACACCACAAAACUUGCUAACGUUCUGUCAGUUCCAGGUGAAAUUUGGACGAGGAGAGUCGGUACUAAAGUGGUUCUGCAGAAUAUCCAGGAAAGGCUCCAUCAGUCCUUGCGACAACUACAAACGGAGGCAGAUGCCGGUUCAAUCCAAACAUCUAUGCUGCUGGAAAAGUUUGUUUCACUGCCGACGGUGUCAACUGAUACAAAAGGCUCAUAUAUUUGCAGUACAUGGAGAGGUGAAAGAGGAGAGGAGUGGUCAUCCGCACAGGGACUUGAGUCAAUUUUGAUUUCAAUCCAAAGUCUUAUGUCGUCGAACCCCUACGAGAACGAGCCAGGCUUCGAGACAGCAAUCGAUGAAAGCGCCAAGAAGGACCAAAAGGAUUAUGUGGCCAAGAUUCGUCACGAAUCGCUUCGAAUAUCGGUCAUUCAGCGUUUAGAGGAGUAUCUAGGCAUUUCCCCGGCUGGUGCAGUAGCCCCGUAUGCCUCACUCAACGACUAUGAUGAAGAUGAGCAAGAUAUCGAGUUCGACGAGUCGUCCAUAAACUUUGACCCUUUUAGGGAUCUCUGCAAACGCCGGUUCCUCUGGUACUACGAUUCAUAUCUCUUAGCCAUUAGUAAAGCUAAGACCGAGGUUAAGGAUGGCCAAGCGUUUAGUCGUAUGCCAUUUGAGUGCACUGGCAAUACAAUGGAGGGGAAAUUCAAUUACACCGAACUGGAAAGACGAUUAAGGCUCAUUAAGAAAACCUUGGAUGCGGAGACAGCAAGAUGGUCAGAAGAGGGCCUUGUGUUGCUGAAGAAAGAAAGCACAGCUGCGGCCAACCUUCAGAGGCAAUAUGAGCAAGUCGUUGAAGCAUACAAGAGGGACAAAAAAGUAACUCUUGAUAUUGAGCUUGUCGACAAUAACCCCUUCGUCUGGUCCAUUACCUAUAUCGGUAGACCUAUGACUAACUUGGAUGGCGGCCUCUUUCGAAUAACCCUCCGCUUUAGUCCUCGUUUCCCAGAAGAGCAGCCAAGAGCCAAAUUCGAGACACCCCUCUUUCAUCACCGCAUCGCCCUUGACGGCACUCCUUGUUAUAGUACUAAGCGUGCUGAGGAUGCCAAGUCACAUCUUCAAGCCAUUAUUGAAGCCCUGGAAGAAGUAUCCCCACCUUAUGAUCCCCGAACUCUCGUCAAUCCUGACGCCGCCAAGUUGUUCUGGGGCUCUGAGGAAGACAAGAAGAUGUACAACCGAAAGCUUCGUAGAGCUGUUCAGCGGACCACAGAGUAG